CCUUGUCAGUCAAAACCUAAGUUCUUUUAAGGUUUUUAUUAGAACAAAAUACAGUGUCGAUAGGCAAAAGAAUCCUUGAAACCGGAUGGAGAAAUUCUGAGUAGAUUCGCUCGUUCGAAAUCGAAAGUUUAUCUCGUCAGCUUCAAAAGUAAGAAUACCAAUUAAUAAUAAACUAGCUAGUGCAACGAUAACACUUUUUAAUAUAUUGUCGAAGGAUUGACCGUUUUUCAUUAGGUCCAUCACAAUAUUCACCUUCAUAAUCUUAAAAACAAAGGCAAUCACUUAAUUGAUGAUCAGCAUCUUCAUCAACAUGAUAAACACAUUCACCAUAGUACACAAUGACAUUGUAAAACACUUUCAUGUUCAGCAACAUUGCUUUAAAGAAAUCAUACUACUUUAUUUUUUUUUAAAUUUUCAUAUACAUAGGUGUAUUCAAUUUUUUGACUAUCUUCUUGAGAAUAUAUAAUGAAUGGUUUUCAUGAUUAAUCCAAUACAAAUGACUUACAAACAUAUCUAAUGAAUGUGAUGCAUAUAUUUCAAGAUGUGUUAUAACAAUACGAUCUGUUCCAUCAUAAUUCAUUGAUUUAAUUGAUUCUUUUUUUUUUUCAUUUCUUCAAUAAACACGAUAAAUUCGUAUAGGCUGACUCAAUAACAACGAUAUGUUCAUUAGAAUUCUCAACAGCUCCAUGUUCAUGAUUAAUAAAAUAAAGUAUUCGAACUAUUGGAUUAACAGAAACAAUCCAUAGUGAUUCAAUAUUUGUUAUUAAUUUAGUUGCAUAAUGACCAUCAUUUACAUAAAGAUUUUGAUCAAUCCAAUCAAGAGCUAUACUAUUUGGAAAAGGCUACGAUAAGUUUCUGAUGUAGAUUCAUUCAUCCAAUGAAAUAUACGAUUAUUAGUAUCAAUAAAAUCAUUUUUAGCUUCAAUAAAUACAUCGUAAUGUGAUGCAUUUUCUAUGGAAUUUCCACGAAGACGAAAAAUUUGUCGAAAUUCAAUAGGAUUCAAUAUAAUUUGAUCAAAAAACAACUAUUGGAUUUUGUUUUCUUAUUAUUGAGAUAUGAGAAGAUAAUCAUAGGAAUCGUUUUUUAUGAAUGUUUUACAAAGAUGAUGGAUUUUAAAAUAAUUUUGUCUUAUGCAGUAUGAGACAAAAAGGACACCUGGAAUCUUCUAUUUUGAUUGCUGAAAACCACAGGUCGCUACCGGUUACCAUUGUCGAAUUAAAGACGUUACACAUACCCUUCUUUAAUUCUCGCAUAAACAUUACUUCGCCUAAAAUGAGAUGUUCAGUAAUUCCAGUUCAUGUUUAGAUUACAUAGGAAGGUUUUAAUAAGACUAGAACAAUCUUAAAAUACAGAGUGGCCCAAAAGUCACGUUCCUGAAAAAAGAUUUAAUAUCCCCAAUAUGACUCGAGUAAACGAGCUGAUUUUUUCAUCAGUGAUAAAGGCGUGUUCAAGCUUGAUAUCCAAAAAGACAUGCCUAGAGCGACCCUUUGUUAAGUAUGUUGUUGUUUUUUUUUUGUUGAGGUCAAUGGUGAUACUUAACAAAAGGCUCUCUAGGCAUGCCUUUAUGAAUAUAAAGCUUGAACAUGUCUCUAUCAUUGAUAAAAAAAAAUCAGCUCGUUUGUUUGAGUCGUAAUGAAGAUACUCACUUUUUUUUUUCGGUAAAGUGACUUUUGUGUUACCCUGUAUGUGUGACAUUACUAUUAAUAGUAGCUUAAAGAAAAACAGAAUUUAACAUCCAUUUUUUUGUAAUAGAGAAUAGAUUACUAGAAUUUUUCAUUGUUGAGUUAUUGAUAAUUUCUUUUUUGACCUAUUUUAUCCAAUUAAUAUUUGAUUUAUUCAAUAACGAUUGAAAAAAUGGCACGUACAAAAAAUAUCAAAUAAAACAACAAAAUUGACAUAGUCUAUUGAGGUAGACAAACUAUGGCUCAGAUGUAUGUUAAUUUUUUAUUGCAAAUAUAUCAAUAAAUGUAUGUAUGUUAUACAAAACAUGAAAAGUCAUUUAAAAAUCAAUACGUCUAUGCAAAAAAAAAGUCUAUUAGUUAUGCUGUUUUUUCUUAUGAUCGACAGUACAUCAUUAUCAACAAUUUAUAUAAUUUCGAACAAAACUAAUUAUACAAGUUUCGUUUUUCUUUUACUAGUAUGUAGAUAUAUUGAUCGAAAAUGUGAACGAUUACAUUAGUAGUUAUUCUUUUUGCUUUUCAUUAAUCGAAAGUAAAUGCAUUUAUGUAUGAGUUGAAAAUAAAUUUAUUAUGUCCUUCAAUAACUACAACAUAUUAAAACGAAUGAUGAUUUGCGUCGGUAUGUUAUACGUUGAUGAUAUGUGUACAUUUCAUGUCCUAUACAUAGAAAGAAAAAAGAAAUUGAAAAAGAAGGAAAGACAUACGGCACAGUUGACGCAAAAAAAAGUGCACCAUGGUGGUAAAAAAGCAGUAAAGAAAAAAUUCCAUUAAUAUAAAAUAUAUUGCAAUAAAAAGCAAUGCUAUAUAGUUUUUAUGUUUACGUUUGUGUAAAUAGAAUAUAAAAGAAAGUGUGAAUAUUGCUAUUCUAAACUUUAAUUUAUAUAUUAGGAUGAUUUGUAUGGAAACAAAUCAAUUGAAAUAGUUCGAAUAUCUUUAUUUUAUAUAGUUUUUCAAAAAAAAAAAAAAGCGGAUGACUCAAUAAGAAGGACAUAGUAAAUUCGCAGAAUGAAAGAAAGAAUAGAAAAUAUUGAUAAAAGACCUGUAACUACGUUAGAGAAGAAAGAGAUAGAGAAAAAAAAAGUUUACUUGAGUUAAAGCGCGCGCGCACGCUCGCAACAGCUUCUUUUACUUACGCCAUUCGUCAUUUCUCGUGCUUCCUCUUCUUUGCAUCGUCACCGGUUUUAUUACUGCUGUUACUGGUAAAAUAAAGAAUGAAAAAGAGAAAAAAAAAUACUGGAGACAAAAAAAAAAGUCCCGAUCAGAAUACUCGUCAACUCAAAUCUUUUUCUCUUCUUUUUUUAACACUUUUGUAUAAUUCGUCAUACCGUCUCAUAUAUUAUAACUGAUUUGGCAUUCGUUUUUUUUUAAAUUAGUUUUGAUCUUCUUACAAGCUACUAAAAUUAAUCAUAUGCGAUGGUUGUAUAUUGGAAAGCGAUCAUAACUGUCUUUCUGCUCUAUGCAGUCGGUAAGUGUAAUGUUUAUUAUCGUUCUUAUAUAAAGUAGGUGUCAAACAAGAGGAUGACCUUGACUAUAUUUCAAUAAUAUAAAAUACACAUAAAAUCGAUGAAAAAAAAAAAGAAUUAGAGAAUUUUAUCUGAUUAACUGGUUAUCGAAAUACAAAAUCAAUACUUCUGAAAAUCCAAAAAAAAAAAAAGAAUAAAGAAAAAAUAACACAUCUUUUAUUCAAGUGUCGUUAGGUAAAUAACAUUUAUCGAAAGAAGAUGAAGUAAAUGUUACAUGAGGAUCAAUAAUGAAUAAGUACGUUCGUACGUGUGCAUAACAACACAUUGACAAUGACCUUUUUUCAUCAGAGAAUAUAAUCAUAAAACUAUAUUAUUUAAUAAAGCAUAUUCAAGUAUAUUUACAUGAUUGAAUCUGUACAAAAAAAAAAUAAUUGAUUAUUAUCAAAUUAAUAAUUUUCUUUAAAUUUUAAGUUAUCGAUGGUAAUCGAGCUCGUCGUCGUCGACGACAAGCAUUAGAUGAAGCAGCUAAUUCUGUUAAUCAAAGACGAUUACCACCCAAACCUAGAAUUCUUAAUGCUCAGGAACCAUCAUCUCUACUAAAUGAUGAUCAAAAUGAAGUUAUAUCAGGAAAAACAGGUGGUCGACAGUAUAAUCCAUAUCGAAAUCCAUAUGGUUAUGGAACUGUUCAAGGUACAAAUUAUCCAUAUGCUGGUGCAGGUGUUGGUCCAUAUCAAUAUGGAUAUGGACAAUAUGGACAAUCUGGACAAGCAAUAGGACACUAUGGUUCCUAUUACAAUCAAAAUCCAGGUUCAUAUGGUUACUAUUCAGGUUAUAAUAGUGGAAGUUCUUACAAUCGUCCUGGUUAUUAUGGAUCUAAUUAUUAUCCAUCAGCGGGUGGAAAUUAUUAUGGUGGUUACUUUUGGAAUGCUGGACAAAAACAAAAUAUUAAUAUGUUUGUUGUAUUUAUUUCCUUAUUGGGUAGUUUAGUAAUUUGUUUGAGCUUGUAG